UAACAAAUAAAAUGAAUGUCUCGAACGUUGAUUUGAUUAACGAGUUGAAGAACGCAGGAAAAUUGUGGUACUUUAUUAACCCCUAUGAAACUAUCUUCGAAUUCCCGCAUGAAGUUCCUGAUUAUCAUCAGCAGGUAUGGUUACCAUUCUUCAUCCUAAUUAUAUUGGAGCAAAUUAUAUUAAUAUUUAAAAAGAAAAAGAAGUUCCGUUUGAACGAUCAAAUGACAUCUUUAUCUCAUUGGUUAUUUCAAGAAACUGGCCGUAUUUUUUUCCGCGGCGCUGAAUAUUACGCAUACAUCAUAAUUUACGAGAAAUAUCGCUUGUGGAAUCUCCCUUGGAACUCAGCAUGGACUUGGUGUCUCACAGCCGUGGGGGUGGAUUUCUGUUACUAUUGGGUUCACCGGAGUAACCAUGAGGUACAUUUUUUAUGGGCUCAACAUCAAGUACAUCAUAGCAGCGAAGAAUUCAAUCUCGCGGUUGGUUUGCGGCAAUCCAUUUUGCAACAUUGGUGUAAUUUUAUGUUAUAUCUACCUCUUGCAUUAUUUAUACCGCCAUCUCAUUUCAUCGCGCAUAAUCAAUUCAACUUAAUUUAUCAAUUAUGGAUUCAUACGACUGUCAUUGAUGAUCUUGGACCAUUAGAAUUAAUAUUUAACACACCAAAACAUCAUCGUGUACAUCAUGGUUGCAAUUUAUAUUGUUUAGACAAAAAUUAUGGUGGUGUCCUUAUCGUAUGGGAUAAAUUAUUUGGAACAUUUGAAAAAGAAAAAGAUGAAAUAAUUUAUGGUUUAGUUGUCAGUCCUCAAUCUUUUAAUCCUCUGUAUUUACAGAUCUUCUAUACUAUAGAAUUAAUUAAAAAAAGUAUAAAGAUUUCAAGUCUUACAAAUAAAUUAGCUGUUGUCUGGAAAGGUCCCAGUUGGUUUCCAGGUGCUCCUCGUUUAGGUCUAGAUGAAUACAAAGUUAAUGUCACAUCUAGAAUUAAAUAUGAUAAACAUAUACCAAUAUGGCAAAAUUUGUACAUAAUUAUACAUUUUUUCCUAGUUCUUUACAAUCAUUUUCGAAUUUAUGAUGAAACACAGAAUUUAUGGACCGUAUCAUCUGGAUUUAUGCUAAUUAAUAAUUUUCUUGCUCUUACCACUAUUGGUUUAUUGUUCGAUGAAUCAGCAUACGUUGCUAUUAUAGAAUUCAUUCGAUGCUUAAUUUAUAUAAUUUUCACGUUAAUAGAUAAUUCAAUAAAUAUAUAUAUUUAUUAUAUAUAUCUUGGAUCUUUUUGCUUUUGGAUUUUAUAUUUUAUUCGUGCAACAAAACCUUUAUAAAUAUAAAAAAUUAAUAAAAAAAAAUUAAUCUAAUUCUUUUUAAGAUAUGAUAAAAAUAUUUAUAUAUAACUAUUUUAUCACAUUCAUAUUUAUGUAAUUAAUAAUAUUUUAUUCAAUAUCAUUAUUAUAUAUAUUUCAUAAAUAAUAAACAUCACAAAAUAAAUAAAAAAUAAUGGAAUCCUUUAAAAAAUGAACAACAAUAAUUAUAUUUUAAUAAAUCUUAUAAUUACUUGUAAGUCUUGUAAAUCUUAUAAUUAUCUUAUUAUUCAUUCAGUUGUAUUAAAUUAGAACGAAAAUAUGUAAAACUCGUGCUGAGAAGUGUUGAAAGCGAAUAUAUUUCUAAUUUGUUAUCAAAGUAUGUAAAAAAUACUGAUUAUCAAUUAUUUGUAUGUAAAUAAUGAAUAUAUUUUUUACAAAACUAA